AUGCACCUCCAAACCCUCCUCCUCACCCUAGCCGCCACCCUCGCCGCCGCCGACCUGAUCGAAUACUGCCCCUUCGCGCAGGACAAGACGGGCAUGCUGCAGCACCCCUACUGCUGCGACAGCUACACGCCCUCGGCGGUGACCAACCUGGCGGUGGAGGGGAACAACUGCCAACAACUCACUGAGCCGGUGGCCAAGUGUCCUAAUGGCUUGGGGGUGAAGUGUUGUUAUACUAUUAACCAGAAGUUUAUCUGUACGGCGGAUGGAGUGUUGGAGGAUGAUUAG